GGGCCCGGCCCCCGCGGCCCGGCCCGAGCCCCAUGGCCCGGCCCGGCCCGGCCCCGUGGUGGAAUUACUUCUUCCUGUACGACGGCUCCAAGGUCAGGGAGGAGGGGGACCCCACGAGCGCCGGGAUCUGCUACUUCCAUCCCCGCCAGACGCUCCCUGACCAGCAGGAGCUGCUGUGCGGGCAGGUCGCCGGAGCGGUGCGCUGCGUGGCGGAGAUUUCGGGAGCUCCUCCGAGCCUCAUCCGCCUGAGGAAGCUCAAGUUCGCCGUUCGAGUGGACGGAGACCACCUGUGGGUGCUGGGCUGCGCUGUUGAGCUCCCUGACGUCAGCUGUAGACGGUUUCUGGAGCAGGUGAUCAGCCUCUUCACGUUCUACAAUGGACCUGUGCACCACGCUUACACGGCGUUUUCUCAGGAGGAACUGAACAGGCAGUGGGACAGAUACAUUGAACACAUCCAGAAAAACACCAAUGACCUCCACAAGAUUUUUAAUUCUCUCUGGAAUCUGGACAAAAACAAGGUGGACCCACUGCUUUUACUGAAAGCAGCUCUCAUCUUGCAGACUUGCCAGCGGUCUCCCCAUGUCUUGGCAGGCUGUAUUCUCUACAAAGGCUUGAUUGUGAGCACCCAGCUGCCGCCUCCUCUCACGGCUAAAGUUCUCCUCCAGGGCGAUGAGUCUUCAGGCCAGGCUGAGCGUGGAGGCGAGGAGCGGCGGGAGCACGGUUCUCCAUUGCCGCAGGGUGUCCGUAUCAUCCCCGUGUUCCUAACAGAAGACGAAGUCUCAGUGCUCCGAGACUUCCCAGUGGAGUGGAUGACGAGGUCGCCCAUGUCCCCAGCAAGCCUUAGAGGAGAGACGAAUGCUCCUGGCGCCCAGGCAACUUCAGAAUCAACAGGAAUUCAAGGAAACCAAGACCUGAACGAUAUCUCUGUGCAGGAGUCCCCUGAGCAAGCUUCGAGCACAUCCACAGCAGCAGAUGGUGUGCGGUCAGGCAGCCUCGCAGACACAGGUGCUCUGAAGAGCUUCCCCAAGAUGGAAGCCAGGGCAAAGAAUUCCCCAGCUGCAGAACUGAGCUGCCCGGACAACAGGAGGUCAGAGCUCGGUGGAAAAGCGUCCUUCUCAUCGGACAGACCCGUGAAAGAGCUGCCGAGCCCUUCCAGACUGCGUGCUGCUGAACACGCUCAGACCACAGGUCCAUAUCUGGAAGGCUUCUCCUUCCCAAACCCCUACGCGCAGGAGAGGCAGAGCACGGGGGAAUCUCUUGAGGACUCUGACGUCAAACGGUACAGUUCCCAGAGCCGUCCUGCAGACAGCGCCAGUCCAUCUGUUUGCUCUCCUGCCCAGGAGCUGAGCAGAAGGAAGUCAAGUGAACGAGACAGGGAAGGGACUCUGAGCCACACGAGCGUCUCUGCAGAAAGCAGUGGUGCAACUGGUGGUAACCGGGGUGCGGAUUGUCCAGCCACUGGUGUACGGUCAGAGCUCAGAAGCAGGCGUGAGCUGCCAGCUGCAGGCGUGCAGGAGAGCCUGCCCAGUGACCCAGCAGGGAGCACAGCCCGUCCCGGGGCGGGGGAGAGCGGCUGGCCCCGGGUGGGCACUCGGGGAGCCCAGGGUGGUGCGGAGACCAGCGGGCACUGCAGACCAGUUACGAUGAGCCUGUACGUCCACUGCAUCAAGGGGCUCGUGCUCUCCCUGCUGGCUGAAGAUCACCUCAGAGAUGACCAGAGCUCGAUCGAAGAUGUGUACCACAGCAGCCUGGCUUCUCUGAAUGGCCUCGAAGUUCACCUGAGGGAGACUUUGCCCAGAGACUCUGUGUCCUCAGCCAAGGCGACCUACAGCUUCACGCACUACGACUGCAUCCAGAACGUGCUCACAGCCAACCUGCCCCUUACACCUGGCCCCCUGGAUCGGCACUUCCUGAGGGCUGCCACACUGAUCCACUCGGACUUCAGUCAGCUUCCGACUGCCUCCGAAAUGAUAAUUAGGAACGCCUCCACGGCCAUGUACGCCUGCCGGAACCCCGUCCAGGAAACCUACUUCCAGCAGCUGGGUGCUCCGCUCCGCAACUCGGGCGUUCCCAACCCUCACGACAGUGCGUUUAGCUUGCCAGGCAAGGCCAAGCAGAAGCUGCUGAAGCACGGAGUGAAUCUACUUUGAGCUGGUGCACCGAGGCAGCGUGUCUCUGCCCGUGAUGAAAGACGGUUCAUCUCCCAGAAGCAAAAUCUCAAAGCCAUGUUUUCUGUAGGAGGCAUGGGGCUCCGUGCUAACUACGGGGUCUCCAGCCUGCCUUGCCCUGAUGAGAGGUACCCUUCUUGCCCUAUUCCUGCAGCACGUUUUGUUCUGGUGCAGGAUAUCGUUGACGUUAGCACUUACCAAAGACUGAAGAUAGAAAAUAGCUGUGUUGGGGUGUUUGGUUUACAUUGACUGUAACUAUUGAUGGUGCUCUGCUGCCGUAGGCAGAGGCUCCUGGAGUGCCUUGACCUAAAGAAAAACCUCUUUGUGCUCUAAGCUACACAGGACACUGGGUUAUUGGGCAGUGCUUGCUUUCAGAGAUGACAGCCAGACACUGCGCCUGCCUGGAGUUCUGUUGCUAUGCUUGCCCUGGUCAGACUCGGGCUUUAUUUAUACCUCUUAAUAAAUAGAAACGAUCCCCUGCUGCACCUUUGUGCCUUACCUUGAUUAACAGAGCCUGCAUGCUCUCCUGCUAACUGGAAUAGAACAAGCUCUACAAAACUCCUAGCCCUCCGCCAGUAGCUGUCAGUAGGUUUUUUUUUCUGUAGCUGAAUCUGGGAGAUCCUUGUCCCUCCUCGCGUGCCUGCUCAGUGGUUGUGAAGUGCAGCGUUGCCUUCCAGGCUGCCCACCAACAGCAGAAAGGUGCUGUGACCUGCUGGCCUCUCCCGGGGCCAACGGGUGGCUGUGCAACUGAGAGCACUACUCCCUGCUGCCUGCUCCUGGGCCGCCCGCUGCCUCCCGCUCCUGCUGCAGCACCCUGCCUCACCUCCUUGCUCUCGCUGCUCGGUUUGUCUGCACUCCAUUGGCAGAGGAGGUGAGUGGGAGCCCCUUAAGCUAACGGGACCAAAGAGGGUCUGCAGCCCCUCAGCAGCUGUUGUCUUUCUGCUUGGGCAGGUUGCGCAGCUGCUGGUGGGACAGGCGGUGAUGGGUGCUUAGGUCCGAGGGCUGAGCACCCCCCUCCUGGCUGUGCUGUGUGUUUCAAAGACAGCUGCUGUUCCACGCGCACAUCACUGUGAAAAUAAAAGUCUCCGAGACAAGACCUGUGUGUCAGCAGCCAGAGUCCCA